CACCGACGCCUGUGCCCGCUGCUGGCGGAUCAGCCAUUUUAGCAAAGCCGGGCUCCAGGCACGGCGGGCGCCACCAUCACUGCGGCCGCUGCCGGCCAGGCUCCGUGCCUCCGGAGCGCGGCUGCCAUCGCUGUCCCUGGCCUCGCGCCUCCCUCGGGGGAGGCAACGGUGGAUUUCAGGGGCACUUUCUUUCAUCAGGAAGCUUUUGACAAAAUGGAAGUCAGGAUGGCUAAAGGUGAUCCCAAGAAGCCAAAGGGCAAGAUGUCUGCAUAUGCCUUCUUUGUGCAGACAUGCAGAGAGGAACAUAAGAAGAAAAACCCAGAAGUUCCAGUCAAUUUUGCAGAGUUUUCUAAGAAGUGCUCUGAAAGGUGGAAGACUACAAGGCUUUCAUCCCCUUUUGCAAGUGGUUAUGGCAGCUGCCACUUUAAUUAUAGGACAACUGAACAGGUACGUGUUCACUGCAUUGAGGAAUUUAUCAGGUCCUGUUCUUUGCAGACCAUGUCAGCAAAAGAGAAAUCUAAAUUUGAUGAGAUGGCAAAGGCAGAUAAAGUACGCUAUGAUCGGGAAAUGAAGGAUUAUGGACCAGCUAAGGGAGGCAAGAAGAAGAAGGACCCAAAUGCCCCCAAAAGGCCACCGUCUGGAUUUUUCCUUUUCUGCUCGGAAUUCCGCCCCAAAAUUAAAUCUACAAACCCUGGAAUUUCUAUUGGAGAUGUGGCAAAGAAGCUGGGCGAGAUGUGGAAUAACUUAAGUGACAGUGAAAAGCAGCCUUACAACAAUAAGGCUGCAAAACUGAAGGAGAAGUAUGAGAAGGAUGUUGCCGACUAUAAGUCUAAAGGCAAGUUUGAUGGCGCCAAGGGUCCCGCUAAAGUUGCCCGGAAAAAGGUGGAAGAAGAAGAUGAAGAGGAGGAGGAGGAAGAGGAGGAGGAAGAAGAAGAGGAGGAGGAGGAGGAGGAUGAAUAAAAAAACUGUUUAUCUGUCUCCUUGUGAAUACCUUAGUGUAGGGGAGCGUCGUAAUUGACACAGCUCUGAUUUGAGAGGUGUCUGUUGCCCUCAUUAGGAUUAAUUACACAAUUGGGUCAUGAUCAUAUGUAGUCUCUCAAAGUGCUCUAGAAAUUGUCAGUGGUUUACAUGAAGUGGCCAUGGGUGUCCGGAGCACCCAGAAACUGUAUCAAAGUUGUACAUAUUUCCAAACAUUUUUAAAAUGAAAAGGCUCUCGUGUUCUCCUCACUCUGUGCACUUUGCUGUUGGUGUGACAAGGCAUUUAAAGAUGUUUCUGGCAUUUUCUUUUUUUUAAUCUGUCAGGUGGUGUUACCUAUUUGGUUAUUGGCUAGAAAUCCUGAGUUCUCAACUGUACAUAUCUAUAGUUUGUAAAAAGAACAAACAACCAAGACAAGCUCUUGAUGCUCUUUGCUUGGCGUUGAGGCUGUGAGGAAGAUGCCUUUUGGAGGGGCUGUAGCUCAGGGCAUGCACUGUGAGGCUGGACCUGUGGACACUGCAGUGGGCAUCCAUUUAGCUUCAGGUUGUCUUGUUUCUGUAUAUAGUGACAUAGCAUCCCGCCAUUCUUAGCUGUGGAAAAAGGUGGGUCAGCUGGCAUGAGAAGUAUUUGGAUCGUUUUUUUUUUUUUUUAGUUGUGUGGUAGUUUUAAACUUUGUUUUAAAACAAACUACAACUCUUCAUUGUCAACGAAGUGAAGAGUCACUGCAUCAAUGAAAGUUCAAGAACCUUCUGUACUAAACACAAUUUGCAACGUUUUGUUAAUUUUUGUAUGUUUAGAAUGCUGAAAUGUUUUUGAAGUUAAAUAAAAACAGUAUUACAUUUUUUAAGCUGUU